GCGUGAAAAGGCCGUUAACUGCUGAGAAAAACAUCUCUUUCGCGUUAAAUAACGGAAGAAAAGCAAGAUACGGAGUAUAGUCGUGUGCGUUCUUAAAUACACGCAGUAUUGACAAUUACGGUACAUCAAAUUGAAGGGGUGAGCUCAGAUUUUGUUUGAACAAACAAUUGCUACGAGUGUCCUAGCAUUUGACUUGCGUGUAUCGAUCGACACUUGGUUUGCAAGUUGAAGGACAUAUAGUUAUUUAUACGCGCGUUGAUUGAUGGCGUGAGUAUACUAUGUAUGGAUAGCUCUGAAUGAGUAAGAUAAACGUGAAAUAACCAGAAAUAAGGGGAUGGAUUUGGUACUGAACGCCGCGGAUAGCUACGUCCUAACGCCGUACGUAUACCCGGCGUGGUGGCGCGAAAGUGACGUCAGCAGACAACUGAUAAGCCUCUACGUGAUCUCAGUCCUCGGGGGCUAUGUCCUGUAUUUGUUCCUGGCAACCAUCAGCUUCUACACAAUAUUUGACCGACGUCUAAUGAAGCAUCCACAAUUUCUUGAUGACCAGGUACGAUUGGAGAUCGUGUACACGUGUAAGUCCGUGCCCUUGAUGGCCGUCCCCACAGUGACACUCUUCACCCUGGAGGUUCGGGGAUACGGCAAGCUGUAUGACAACGUCGACUCCUACAUCGGUUAUGUAGGCAUCCUGGUUUCCAUAGUAACGUUUAUCACGUUCACGGACGGCUGCAUCUACUGGAUCCACCGUUUCCUGCACCACAAGCUCGUCUACAGACACCUUCACAAGGACCACCACAAGUGGAAGAUCCCCACCCCCUACGCCAGCCACGCGUUUCACUGGGCGGACGGGUUCUUGCAGAGUUGUCCCUACCAUAUCUAUCCGUUCUUGUUCCCUCUUCACAAAGUCCUGUAUCUGUGCCUGUUCGUGUUUGUUAACGUUUGGACCGUGUCCAUUCAUGACGGCGAUUAUAGGGUCCCGGGCCCCUUAAAGCCCUUUAUCAAUGGUUCGGCUCACCAUACGGACCAUCAUCUAUUCUACAAUUGCAACUAUGGACAGUUUUUCACCUUGUGGGACAGAAUCGGCGGCUCCUUCAGAACACCAAGCUCUUUUCUUGGAGAGGGCCCUAUAAAGGCUAUCGAGAAACAUUGUGCUAAGAAUGGGAUUCAGUCGAAACAUGAGAUAUUCUCUGCAAAAGUCGAAUAACUUUUGUAGCACUAAAACAUGUCGCGUAAACUUUGUUUUGCCUGUCUGAGCUUAAAGUUCUUUUUUAGCCGAACUUGUGUAACGAUCGAUUCGGCAUAAGUAAACAGUAUUUGACAACGAAAUUUUAGUACGAGCUAUGGUAGGUGUGAAUAUACAUAUGAACGUAUAAUUUGGUAUCAUUCGCUUUAUGUGGGCACCGUUAUUACAUUUAGUCAACAUUGAAGUGAUAACAUGUUAUAAGUGAAUAUCAUAUUAAGAGAGUAAGUAUAGUACAUAUAGUAUAUGUGAUCAUUUAGGAAGUAAGUCAACGACAACUAGCCGCUGAAAAAAUGUAUAUUCCAAAAAAAAUAUCAUAUUUGAAGUAUUUCCUAAUAUCAAUGUCCAUGAUAUUUUGUAUUGCUGUCGCUUAGUUUAGUUGUUUCUGUUCUGGUUAAAUUCAAUACAAAUUUAAAACCAAAUGAGCUGAUAACACACUGGUUGUUCGGUGGUUCACAUCUCGAUUUCAUACAUGUAAUUAUACUUUAAAUAUACGGUUAUGUAGUACGUAAUUGUAUUGUUUAAUAUUGUUGUAAAAUAUUCACUUUGUUAUUGAAAUAAAUACUUGUCUGUGAUAAAUAACAAUUCCUAGUA